AUGUUCUUCUUCCUGCUCAACCUGGCCUUCACUGACCUGGGCUCCAUCUGCACCACUGUCCCUAAAGCCAUGCACAAUUCCCUCUGGGACACCAGGAACAUCUCCUACACAGGAUGUGCAGCCCAGCUGGGUUUUUUUGCCUUUUUCAUGUCAGCAGAGCUUGCCCUGCUGACCAUAAUGUGCUACGACCGCUACGUGUCCAUCUGCAAACCCCUGCACUAUGGGACCCUCCUGGGCAGCAGAGCUUGUGCCCACAUGGCAGCAGCUUCCUGGGCCAGUGCCUUUCUCCAUGCUCUGCAGCACACAGUCAAUACAUUUUCCCUGCCCCUGUGCCAUGGCAAUGCCCUAGGCCAGUUCUUCUGUGAAAUCCCAGAGAUGCUCAAACUCUCCUGCUCCAAAUCCUACCUCAGGAAACUGGGACUCAUUGCUCUUAGUGUGAGUUUUGGUUUUGGUUGUUUUUUGUUCAUUGUUUUUUCCUAUGUGCAGAUCUUCAGGGCUGUGCUGAGGAUCCCCUCUGAGCAGGGACGACACAAAGCCUUUUCCACCUGCCUCCCUCACCUGGCUGUGGUCACUCUGUUCAUUAGCACUGGUAUAUUUUCUGAUCUGAAGCCCCCCUCCAUGUCCUCUCCUUCCCUGAACCUGGCACUCUCAGUGCUGUACUCAGUGGUGCCUCCAGCCCUGAACCCCCUCAUCUACAGCCUGAGGAACCAGGAGCUCAAGGCUGCAGUGUGGACAUUGAUGACUGGGUGGUUUCAGAAACGUUAA